GGCGAGGAGUGCAGCGCAGCGUUUGGCGGAGGAGCCAGUGCUGUGGCGAUGGAGCCUGGGGUCCAGCUCAGGAGGGAGCGCUGCGGCGCUAGGACCCUGCAGGCGCUGCCCUCCUCACACAGACUGGAGAGUGAUUAAAAAAAAAGUCUUGACUCACUGAGAAGGAGCAGCAGCAGCAAGAGAAAGAAAAAGCAACAGGUCCGGAUCUCAUCCUGCUGCAGAGAGCCGAGUAGGAAAGGCUGCAGCUAUAACCCUCUGGGGGACUGUCAGGAGUUGGGGUUUGGGUGUUGUUGCUGGAGAGUGUGAGAACAUGCAGAAAGUUGAAGCCUUUCUGUGUUCCUUCAUCCUCCUGGAGCUCUUUUACCAAAGCCGUGGAGUCGUAAUCACAUCUUCAAAUAAAGAAGUUGAAACACAUGAACAUAACUCGGCUGUUCUUCCCUGUGUCUUCAACUUGCAGUCAACUCAGACCCCUCGGGUGGAAUGGAAGAAAAUCAAAGGAAAACAAGUCACCUUCAUGUUCUUUGACCGUGCUCUGACUGGUGAAUACAAGGACCGGGCGAGAAUGAAGGGGUACAGCAUCGAGCUGCUCCGGGUCACCCGUGAUGACAUGGCCACGUAUCGCUGUGAAGUGACCGCCAAGGAUGACCCGAUUGUCUUUGCUGAGAAGGAGUUCAAACUCUCUGUCCUGGUGCCACCAGUUGUUCCCACGUGUAAAGUUCCGAGCUCUGCACUCUCGGGGUCGAAGGUCGUGUUGACUUGCAAGGAGUCAGAAGGAUCACCACCGUCCAAUUACACCUGGUACAAAGACAACACCAUACUCAUGAAUCGUCCAGUUAAGGAUUCAACUUCCAACAAAUCUUACACGGUGGAUGGAAAGACUGGAAUUCUGACAUUUAACCCUGUCCAAAAGAGUAACAGUGGAUCAUACCACUGUAGGGCACAGAAUAAAGUCGCUUCAAGGACAUGUUCAGCUCAGUUCAUGCAAGUCAAUGAUCUGGACAUCGGUGCAAUCGUUAUCACCGUGGUAAUCAUCGCCUUGGUUUUAUCACUGUGUGGGCUCGGAAUGUACUACACCCACAAAAAGGGUUACUUAGGGAGAUCAGGAUCCUCUAAGAAAAAAGCCACCAAACAAACAGCUGCUUCUCCAGUGAAUGAAGAAUUCAAACAUACCAAGUCUUUUGUUAUCUGAAGCAAAGGGAAGAUCUAUGAAGAAUUUGAAACCGCUAUUCUUAUCCAUAAAGCAUUUUAAGUCUUAUCUUUAGGACAGUGGUAUAGAUCCUGAUAAAAACCAAAAGAGCUGCCAAUGCUGGAAAUCAGAGACAAAAAUAGAAAUUGCUGAAAAAAUUCAGCAGAUCUGGCAGCAUUCGUGGAGAAAAAACAGAGUUAAUGUUUCAGAUCCGGUAACGUUUCUUCAAAACUGGUCUGAGGAAGGGUCUCUGGACCCGAAACAUUAACUCUGAUUUCUCUUUAAGGUGCUGUCAAACCUAUUGAAUUUUUCCAGCAAUGUCUGUUUUUGUUUCUGGUAUAGAUCUUGAUUUUGUCCCUCCAAUUGCCGUCUCUUACACAUUCCCAAAUUCCUUCACUCCAGUCAGCAGCAGGGCUUUUAACUGUAUGGACCCUAAGCUCUGGAAUUUCUGUUCUUCUCCAUGUCUUUUUACCCCCUUUGAAGAGGCUCCUUCAAGGUUAACUCUGCAGCCUACCAUAAUAUUGCCUAAUAUGGCUUUUGGUGUCAACUGUCAACUGAUGAUGUUUACAUGAAGCACAUUGGAACGUUUUAUGUUUAAGCCACUCCGUAGAUGCAAUGUGUUGAUAGCAAGUUGAAAACCUGUUUUAUAUCUCUACAAUUGUCUUUAGUGAAAGUAAGAAUGGAGAGAGAAAAUAGGCCCCAGUCUCUUAUCACCACCGUACUGCAAAAAAUCAAGGUUUACCCCAGUGAAUUAUUGUCAAAGAAGUGACUCCUCUGACUGCUGACAUUGUCCCAAGUCUGAGGUUUGAAGGUAGUGUUUUCUUAUGAUCAUGCGUUGUAAACCAAUACCUCUCUCUUUUUCAAAACAUGAAGCCCAUAAACCUCAUACUCCAUUUAACAGAGUCUUGGCGCAUCGGAGAAAAGGGAUUUCUUUUUCUACAAAUACACUGCUUACUAAUUUUAUAAGGAAGAAAGGAAAGAACCUCAAAGGCUGGAAAUGUAGAGAGAGUUGAGCAAUUUUGACUUAAUAGUUAUCAAACAUAAUCUGAAUGUGGAAUUCUUCUGGUGUCCAAGCCACAUCUAUCCCAUGGUAUGCAUCACGAAAGAGGAAUUAAGGUGGUCAUUUAUCACAUUGCUGAUAAAUUUGACUGCUGUUUUUCUGACAGUAUAACUGUUGACUGUGAAGCAGAAAUGAAUGUUGUGAGGAAGAUGUAAUGUAUUUUCAGGAAAGUUUUGACAGUGAAUAGGCAAUGACAUGGCAUAUGGAAUAUAUUGUGGAGAAAUAUGCUUUAUGACAUCCUGAGGUCAAGCAUGAUGCUGGUUAAAUGCAACUUUAACAUUUUUUUAGUCACACUGCACCCACUCUUAUUACUUACUGCUAUAAAGCAGUAAUUCAUAGAAUCCCCACAGGGAGCAGAAAGAAGCCAUUCAGCCCAACAAAUCUGCACUGACCCUCUGAAGAGCAUCCCAAACAGACCCUGCCCACUACCCUGAUUUACCAUGGCUUAUCCACCCAGCCUAUACACCAUUGACAGUUUAGCAUGGUCAAUGCACCAACCUGCACAUCUGUAGACUGUGGGAGGAAACCAGAGCAAUAGAAACCCAUGCAGACACAGGGAGAACAUGCAAACUGCACAUAGUCGCUUAAAGCUAGAAUUGAACCCAGGUUUCACGAGGCAGCAGUGCUAGCCACUGUGCUGCUACCAUUCCAUCAACCUUCCUAACAACUUGCUGUAUUUGCAUGUUAGCCUUUAGUGACUCAUCAAUGGGCGCACACUUAGGCCCCUUUGUACCCCUACACUUUCCAAUCUCUUACCAUUUAAGAAAUACUCUGUACAUCUGUUCCUCCUACCAAAGUGGAUUAUCUCACGUUUUUUGCAUUAUAUUCCAUCUGCCCACUCACUAAGCCUGUCCACGUGUUCCUGAAGCUGUUCUGUGCCUUCCUGACAACACACACAUUCACACUUAGCUUUGCGUCAUCUGCAUUUUUUAAUUUAAACUUAAAACCCAGUGCCCCAUUAAUUUGCCUAUUUCUCACAUUACUGGCAUCCUAAUAUUCUGAUUUCAGUUUUGUUCACCACUAAGGAAUAGACUAGUGUUUACUUAGGAUCUUUUACAACCUCAGAACAUCACAAAGCACACAAAAAAACAGUGACAUACUUUUAGCUGUUCUUGUGAUGUAGAAAAUGUGGCAGCCAGUUUAUAUGCAGUAAAUCCUCACCAUGUGAUGAGAAGAGGAUAAUCUGAUUUAGUAUACUGAAUAAAGGAUAAAUACUGGCCAGGGCACUGAGAAGAGCUGUUCUUCAAAAUAGCACAAUGGAAAUCUUUUGCAUCUACCAGAGAGCAGAUGAGGCUUCAGGCAAUUGUCUAUAUGAAAGUCAAUACCUCUGACAGUGUAACACUCCCUCAGUACUGCACUGAAACAUUUAGAUUAGAUUAUAUACAUGGGUAUGGAGUGAGGCUUUAACCUACAAUCUUCUGACUUAUAGACAAGUAUUCAACCCAGUAAGCCACCGCAUCAUUCAGCUGAGAUGCUCCAAAUUUCCCAGCUGUACACUCAAAGGCCUGUAGGGGUCAAUGUUUUUCGGACCCUUAUAUAUUCAAUCAAAGUGCCUUAAGACAUAAAUGUCUACAAUUUUCUUCUCCAUAUUUGUUGAUUUACUAGAUGGAUGAAUAAAGAUAUAAAUUACAAUCAGGAUAUCUAGCCCCCCGAGCCUUUUCCGCAAUUCAAUAAGACUGUGACUGAUCAGAUUACUCCACAUUCCCAUAUUCCCCUGAUUACCUUUAACCCCCUUACUUAUCAAGAUUCCAUCUACCUUUGACUUCAAAAUAUCUAAAGACUCACGAUAGUUUGAGAGAAGAAUAAAGUACUCCUUAAUCCUUCUCAAAUGGGUGAGCUCAAGUUGUAAAUUGUCCCACAGGAGGAGAUACGCAUCCCCCUCUCAAGAUCAGGAUAUCCCAGAGUACAAAUGAAUGUUUUUCUACAAUGAGUGGCAGGGAUAUCUCUUGCAGAAUGAUAAACUAAAUGGGAAGGCCAUCCCUUUUAAAUUUUAGAACGACAAUCUGUCAGUUUUCUCAAUGUACUUGGAAACCAUAGGAGCUUUGGAGGAAGCAAAGGGAUUGAUGUGUCUAUGCACAUAAACCAUUUAAAACUAGUGCACAAUAUAAAACAAACCGGGAAUGAAUGUUGGCCUUUAACCGGUUAAAAAAAAAGAGUUGGAAUUCAAACUUCUGCAAAAUGCUGCCUGAUAUAUCAGAUUCAGUUUGGGGCAGCUCACCUCAAGGCUUGACAGAACUACAAACAUUGAUUCAUCAGAAAUAUAUUAAAGAUUAAACUGGGGAGAUUGAAUAAACUUGGUUCAUACUACCUUGAGAUUUAGAAGAUUGAAGAUGAUCUAAUUGAAGUGUGUCAAAUGGUAAUUGUCAUUAUUCAAAAGGUAGAUGAAGAUGAGGGAAUUAAAGGAUGACGAGGACUCCUUUGGAUAAAAGCUACACUAUUCAGGAGUGAAACCAGAUUGCAUUUUCUCACAAGUUAAAAAAACUGGAAUACUUUGCACCAGGUCACUUACAGUCUGAGAUUCACAGAUUUUCAUUGACAAAGGGUAUCAAAGGGUGAAAAGGAAAGGUUGAUAAAUGGAGUUGAGGUACAGAUCAGCCAAGAUUUGGCUUCAUGGCAGAACAGGCUGAAGCAGCACAAUGGCAUAAUCCUGUUCCUAAAAUAGUUUAUUCAGUCUAUUGGGGAAGUAGAAGAGAGAGAGAGAGCCUUGGGAUGCCUGUGACUACAUCCAUCUUUCCAAGGAACCAUGAGAAUUUUGUGGACUCUGUGAUCCUGAAGAGUAUAUCAGUACCAGCAAUGAGGGUGCCCAGGAGUAUGUCUAGUAUUUGCAGGGGAAUCCUUACAAUACAUCAGGAUUUGCAGGUGGAUCCCCAGAACGUAUCCCUACUUGUAUGGCAAUAUUUCUGGUUUAAUCAUUUUGCAGCUGCAUACCCAUGAAUCAGUACUUUUCAGGAUAACCCCUGCAGUAUAUUAAUAAUUCCAAGGCGAGUUACAGGAAUAUAUUUGUCUGGAGAAUCACUUCAAUAUGGGAUUCUCGCAGGAAUUUCAGUAUUUGCAGAAAAAAAUUGAACAGGGUUGCUUUCAAUAGGUUUGCUGUGAUGACAAGAUCCUACCAAAAGCAUUGAUGUGUCCAUGUCUUUUUAGAUACCAAUGGGUCUUGUGUACUUCCAGCAUUAUGUUUGCUUUUGGGAGUUGCAACUAACUCUUAAUCAUUUUUGUUGACUGCUUUUGAGUUCCAUAACAUGAACUGAUGCAAAUACUUCUUGUUGCGCAUGAGUUUAAAAACUAACUUUUACCAGAAGACUUUAUAAUUUUAACUCUUUAUCAGCUAAUAAUUUGAGUCAGUAAUGAGAUAACAUUAAAAGUGUCAACACAG